UUCCCCGCUGGCGGCAUCGAAUAAACAGGGGAGUGUCACUCCAUCGGAAUUACGUGUUCCGUUCAAAUAUGUUUUCGUAAUGCAACAGUUUUCGACUAGACAUCUAUCGGCAUACAUGUACGAGUAAAUUAAAAUCGUAUAAUCGACAUGUAACGACUAAAACCGAUCAACGGUUAAACAGCUUCCGAGAGAUAAAUAAUACAUAAUAUACCUACAUGCAACGAAAAAAAACCAGAUAAACAAAAAUUCUAACUUAAAUAUAUUUCCAUUUUGAUAUGCUCCAAGACUUACGACAGAAUACUCAAGAAACAAGAAAUACUGAAAGCAGCGAAAUUCUAUGGCGGCCAAGGACCGAGGCGGCAACAGUGCGGGCGGCGGUGGCCGGAAGAAGAAGCACGAACCACCGCCGAAGCCCAUACCGGAACAGGACAGGCAUAUUUGUGGGCUGAUAUGCGUGUGUCAGCUUACAUUCGUGCUGAGCUCCGUGUCGCUGGUGUACCUGUCAGUGGCCAUCUACGUGCCCGGCUACAGGGCUUUCAACGCGGCCAUCGAGACGGUUCCGCUCAUGUGCCAGACGAUCAACUCGACGGUGUCCAACAACUGCGAGUGGGCGUCGUGCGGCGAGUGGUGUCUGACGAAACCGUCGGGAAACUGUCCGCAGUACCUUGUCACGGUCCGGCACAACGGCACCGAAAUCGGGGUGGAGAACUGCACGCGGCUCACGAGCGUCUCAUGUCCGCAGGCUAAUCCGGAUACACUGAAACGGUACAACUGCAACAACAACAAAGAGUGUUUGGGUCUGACGGGYAUCAUGGCCUGUAGGCUAGGCCACUGUUCCAACAUGUCAGAGCUGUACCAGUGUUACUACAACAAGAGCGGAUCGUCGAUAAACAGCGACCAAGACAAUUUGAAGCUCAACGGUUAUUUCAUCUGUGAAAACGGGAGCUGUUUCACGAUUAAAUGGCCAUUCGACUGUGAUCGAUACUGUAACAAAAUCACGACGACGGGAGUGAACGUGUUCCUGCGACUCGGGGACACGGUGCACACGGGUGACUGUCAGCGAGUGGUGGCGUACAACAAGGCCAACGGCAAUGCGGCGCACGGGGAACCACUGGCGACGCCCAAAGAGAUCUGGACCGACGAGAACUCGACCAUCGGCAUAUUCAUGGCCAGCUGCAACGGCAUAACGAGGGACAGCGUCAAUUCUCUGAGAGCCUUUGACUGCAUCAACGGCACCGUACUCGAUGAAUCGCAAAUGCCGCAACUGUUCAUAAACUUCACGACGUUCUGGACGAUAUACGAAGCAAGCGAUCGGCCGCUCGACGAGACCAACACGUUCGUACCCGCGCAAUCCGCCCUCACCGUCUACAACUCCACCAGACUGUACAUMAACCAGCAAGGGUGCGUAAACACGUUGCGCAACGAGUGCAGAGACUUCAGCUUCACGCAUGGUCGAGCCGGCGACAACCACACGGCGCUGAGCCGGUUCCCAUGCUUUUACACAAAGAACGAUUCGUUCUCGGCGCUGGCCCGUUUUGACCUGAACAAGACGUGGUGGGAACUGAUGGUGGGCGUCACCGUGCCCGGCAUACUGUUCGCCGUGUCGUUCUUGACGUUGCUGAUCGUCCACCAGACGGUCAAGGUAGGCGACGACGCCCGCAUGACUUGCCAGUGGUGCGCGGACGGCGACGCCGGUGCCGCGGCCGACGAACCGUUCAUGAAGCACAUCGACAAUCAGGCAACUGCAGGUGGAGGGGGACGYAAGCACCGGAAGCGAGGCGACCUGCAGGAGCUCAGUGUCAUCGAAGCGCUGGUGGCUAGGUCGGCGGACAUGUCCGUCGGUGUCGACGGUAGGCGUCCGGUGGAUGGCCCGGACGUGUAGAGUGACACCGUUGCCAACGUUUAUAACAACAUAAUGAUGAUGUAUCGUUUUUAAUUGGACGGACGGACGUGCGAAAACCGUCAGGUCUAACCCUCCGUCGACCGCACACGAUAACUAAACGGUAACGCGCAGAAAUCGAACGUCAGGCCGAUAAUUUUUAAUAUGAUAUUAGAACAUAACGAUGUAAUAACAAUAUAAUAUAGUGUUGUUAUAUAAUUAUUGCAAUACCAUUUUCAUUUCGCGAACGAUUCAAAAAGCUUUUGCAAACAUUUUACUAUUCGGACUCGAGUCCACAAGUACAUAAAAGUUAUAUAUUAUAAAGCGUUAUUUUUUCUAUAUUAUUAUACUGACUAUUUCGUACGCCAAGUAAUAAAAUAAUAUACGUAAGUAAGAUAAUAUGUGUGUCGAGUACACAUUCACCGCGCAUUACGAGUGAAUAAUAUGAUAAAAAUGUAUACCUAUAGGCAAAUAUUCCGACCAUCAAAAAUUAUUCUUAAAAAACCAUUGUGUUGAUCAUAUUAUAGUCUUUUUUUUAUUUAAAGACAUUUUGUAAUUUUUUUUUUA